GAUGGUGGCCUCAGCUGUCACCAGCCCGGGGUCCUGCGCACUGGGAGGGGGCCGGGACCCGGGCUUGCCCUAAACUGCCGGGAGGGUUCGCGAUGAAUCUUCUGCGGCGGAGUGGGAAGCGGCGGCGAACAGACUCGGGCUCGGACUCGUUCUCGGGGAGCGGCGGUGACAGCUGCGCCAGCACCGUGCUCCUGUCGGUGCGGGUGCUGAGCCCACCCGCCGGCCUGGGAGCCCCUGCAGGUACUCCUGGGGCCCCGGGGUCGCGGGCGCGGCGGGCAGGUCUGCGGCCGCACGUCGGGGGUUGCCUGGCCGCGUGGAGUUUCCCCGUUUGGGGUUUCUCCUGCCGGGCUCCGUUUGCAGCUCGGGCCGGGGAAUGCAAGCAGACAGAUCCUGAUGACCCAAUAGAUAAGCUGCUGUUGGCAAAUUGGGGACUUCCUAAAGCGGUAUUAGAGAAAUACCACAGUUUUGGUGUAAAGAAGAUGUUUGAAUGGCAGGCAGAGUGCCUUUUGUUGGGACAAGUUCUGGAAGGAAAGAAUUUAGUUUAUUCAGCUCCUACAAGUGCUGGGAAGACUCUCGUUGCAGAGUUACUUAUUUUAAAGAGAGUUUUGGAAAUGCGGAAGAAAGCUUUGUUUAUUCUUCCUUUUGUUUCCGUGGCUAAAGAGAAGAAAUAUUAUCUCCAGAGUCUGUUUCAGGAAGUGGGAAUAAAAGUGGAUGGUUACGUGGGCAGUACCUCUCCGACUGGGCAUUUCUCUUCCUUGGAUAUCGCUGUCUGCACGAUUGAGAGAGCCAAUGGUCUCAUCAACCGCCUCAUAGAGGAAAAUAAGAUGGAUUUAUUAGGAAUGGUGGUUGUAGAUGAAUUACAUAUGUUGGGAGACUCUCAUCGAGGGUAUCUACUGGAACUUUUGCUGACAAAGAUUUGUUAUAUUACUCAGAAAUCAGCCUCUUGCCAGGCAGAUUUAGUCAGUCCUCUGUUUAAUGGUGUGCAGAUUGUUGGCAUGAGUGCUACACUUCCUAAUUUGGACCUUAUUGCUUCUUGGUUGAAUGCUGAACUCUACCAUACUGAUUUUCGUCCUGUACCACUUUUGGAGACAGUAAAAAUUGGAAAUUCCAUAUAUGACUCUUCAAUGAAGCUUGUGAGGGAAUUUCAACCUAUGUUACAAGUGAAGGGAGAUGAGGACCAUAUUGUUAGUUUAUGUUAUGAGACUAUUUGUGAUAACCAUUCAGUAUUACUGUUUUGCCCAUCAAAGAAGUGGUGUGAGAAGCUGGCAGAUACCAUUGCCCGAGAGUUUUAUAAUCUACACCACCAAGCUGAGGGAUUGGUAAAACCACCUGAAUUUCCACCAGUGACUCUGGAACCAAAGGGCCUCCAAGAGGUGAUGGAUCAACUAAAACAUUUGCCUUCAGGACUGGACUCUGUAUUACAAAAAACUGUACCAUGGGGAGUAGCAUUUCAUCAUGCGGGUCUUACUUUUGAGGAGAGGGAUAUCAUUGAAGGAGCUUUCCGUCAAGGUCUCAUUCGGGUCUUGGCAGCAACUUCUACUCUUUCUUCUGGAGUGAAUUUACCUGCACGUCGUGUGAUUAUCCGGACGCCUAUUUUCAGUGGUCGACCUCUAGAUGUUCUUACUUACAAGCAGAUGGUUGGUCGUGCUGGCAGGAAAGGAGUGGACACCGUAGGUGAGAGUAUCUUAGUUUGUAAGAUCUCUGAGAAAUCAAAAGGCACAGCUCUGCUUCAAGGAUCUCUAAAGCCUGUUUGUAGCUGUCUGCGAAGACAUGAAGGAGAAGAAGUAACUGCCUGCAUGAUACGAGCUAUUCUGGAGAUAAUAGUUGGUGGAGUGGCAAGUACGCCACAAGAUAUGCAGAAUUAUGCUUCUUGCACAUUUUUGGCUGCAAGUAUGAAAGAAGGGCAGCAGGAAAUUGAGAGAAAUCAAAAUUCUGUUCAACUUGGAGCAAUUGAAGCCUGUGUGAUGUGGCUGCUAGAAAAUGAAUUCAUCCAGGUUGCAGAAGUUGGUGAUGGAACAGAAGGAAAGGUAUAUCACCCAACACAUCUUGGUUCAGCUACUCUUUCUUCUUCACUUUCUCCAACUGAUACCUUAGAUAUUUUUGCUGACCUCCAAAGAGCAAUGAAGGGCUUUGUUUUAGAGAAUGACCUUCAUAUAGUCUAUCUGAUUACACCUAUGUUUGAAGAUUGGACUACCAUUGAUUGGUAUCGGUUUUUCUGUUUAUGGGAAAAGUUGCCAAUUUCUAUGAAAAGAGUGGCAGAGCUAGUAGGCGUUGAAGAAGGGUUCUUGGCUCGCUGUGUGAAAGGAAAGGUAGUAGCCAGAACUGAGAGACAGCACCGACAAAUGGCCAUCCAUAAAAGGUUUUUCACCAGUCUUGUGCUAUUAGAUUUAAUCAGUGAAGUUCCCUUAAAGGAAAUUAAUCAGAAGUAUGGAUGCAAUCGUGGACAGAUUCAAUCUUUGCAGCAGUCAGCUGCUGUUUAUGCAGGGAUGAUUACAGUAUUUUCCAACCGUCUGGGCUGGCACAACAUGGAACUACUGCUUUCCCAAUUUCAGAAGCGUCUCACUUUUGGCAUUCAGAGGGAGCUGUGUGACCUGGUCCGGGUAUCUUUACUUAAUGCACAGCGAGCCAGGGCCCUCUAUGCUUCUGGCUUCCUUACUGUGGCAGAUCUUGCUAGAGCAAAUAUUGCUGAUGUGGAGAUGGUUCUGAAAAAUGCUGUUCCUUUCAAAAGUGCUCGAAAGGCAGUGGAUGAGGAAGAGGAUGCAGCUGAAGAACGACGGAAUAUGCAAACAAUUUGGGUGACUGGCAGAAAAGGUUUAACUGAAAGGGAAGCCGCAGCCCUUAUAGUGGAAGAAGCCAAAAUGAUUCUGCAGGAGGACUUAGUUGAAAUGGGAGUACAGUGGAAUCCACAUUCCCCUUUAAAUUCUAGUAAACUUUCAUUGACCAGUAGUGAUUCAGAAGUAAAAGAACUCAUAUUUAUACCCCAAACUCAGAGUUCUUGCAAAAGAUUAAUAUCAAAGAACAAAAGUAACUCAAUCUUUAGUGAUUCUUAUGUUAAACGUUCACUAAAUACAGUGCAAGAUUUAGAUAAAAGUAGAGAAAGACAUACAAGUCCCAUUUAUAAGUUUCAGGAUAAGAAUCAAGAAUAUCAGAGACAUUCCAUUUCCAAACGGGCUUGUUUGGAUAUAAGUAAGGAGAAGCCAGGGACCUCUCUGAAUGAAGGAAGAAAAAGCACCCAGAAAGCUGUUCAGACUUUCUCAUUUGAGAAAACAAAAAUAGCUUCAAAUUUCAGUUCAGACAAAAUGAGCACAUCUUUUCGGUCUUGGAAACAUAGAAAGCAUCUAAAACAAUCCAGGAGCAGUAGCUCUGUGAAAGACUCGAGUAUAAGUAGAACUGAUUUACAAAGAUGGAGAAAGUCUAGUCCUAUCCUUUGUGAAGACCCGUCUGCCUUAGGUGAGAGGAAUGUGGAAUUUAGAAGUCCAGGACCAUUUGCUAAAAAUGUAUCUUUUUGUGUUGAGAGAAAAUAUGACCAAACAGAGCAGAGUUGUACAAGGAGUGGAGCAAUAAGUAAUGAUAUUUUUGUGGAACAUUUUGACACGGGGUCUCAGAGUAAAACCAUGGCUUGUCAAACCUUUGGUGUGGUUAGUGAAAAUGGAAGAGGAUUAGCUAUUGUUGAAACAGAAAAGAUAAACAAAGUACUGAUACAAAAUGAUUCAAAAAACCAGAAUGUUAAUUUGAAAUACUGUGUCACCCACCCAGUUAACCAGGACCUGGGAAAGCAAUGUGAUCAACAGACAGAUACAUGUACCAAACAGAAGGAAAUAACAGAGAGACAAAUGCCUUUUGAGGCAGUUAGUAGUAAUACGAAUGGUGACUCAGAUGUUACUUCUGUCAAAUGCAAAAGUGUGAAGUUUAAUUCUGAGGAAAAUAAACCAAGUCAUUUUCAGGCUUUCGGAAAUAAUAUAAGCAGAACUCAGAUACCGAGUGAAAUACAAGUGUUGACUGGGACAUUUCGUGAAUCAGGAGGUCAGCAUGACAGUUUUCAAAAUACCUCUAAAAUACAAGAAAAAGCAUGUGCUUAUUUGACAAACAAAACUGAAAAUAAUAAUGUUUCUGACUUAGGUUUGGUCCUCUGUGAUUUUGAAGAUAGUUUCUACCUAGAUACUCAGUCAGAGAAAAUAAUACAAGAGAUAGCAACUGAAAAUGCUAAGCAAGCAGCAGAAGACCCCAACUUGGCAGCAGAGAAGAUGCAGACAAAUGUACAGAAGCAGAACUUGAUAAGCUCUUUUCAGAAUGCACUUUGUGUUACUCUCCCUGGGGAACAGCAUUCUCCAGGAGUGACUAAUACAGAGCCUUUGGACCAUAAGACUGGAGAUACCAGGCAUAAACCAAGCACUGAUUCAUGUAGGGUUGAUAUCCUGACUCGAGAGAACUCAGUUUUUCAUUCUCCAAUCCUAUUGGAGGAAAAUAGCCCUUGUUUUAAAGGGAAUGAACUUUCUGUUACUGAUUCCCAGUUAAAUAAUUUUCUUCAAGGUUAUCAAACACAGGAAACUGUGAAACCAGGCAUACCUGUGGUUCCUCAAAAGGAAACACCCACUGCUAUGGAAGGAGAAUGUCUGCCAGUUCCUGAAACGAGUUUGAAUAUGAGUGAUAGUUUGCUAUUUGACAGUUUCAAUGAGGACUAUCUAGUAAAAGAACAACCAGCUAAAGUACAAGCAAAAGAAACCUUCCUUACUACUGAGAUAACAUCAGACCAUUUCAGUGAUUCUCUGAACAUACGGGAAGGCCCAGCUAAAACAUCAGAUAUCAAUGGGAACCAGGAUAUUCAUCAGCAAUUGACUUGUUUCAAUGAUGAAUCUCUUAUGUUUUCAGAAAUGGAUUCUGCUCAGGUGGUAGAAGUUUUGGAUAAAUUAGAUAUAUUUCCUAUCCAAGAAAAGCAUAAUACUGCAGUAUCUCUUAGCACAUUGAAACUAAGUGAUCCAGUGAUUGUAGUCAAUAAUCACCGCCAAGGAGAAGUAAUUGGAGGAGAGCAAGAUGAAAAGGCUCAACAAUCCAAAAUAACUGAGACAGGGCAAAAUAAUUCAUUCAUGUGGUCAGGGGCAUCAUUUGAUUUAAGUCCAGGACUACAAAGGAUUUUAGAUAAAGUGUCCAGUCCUCUAGAAAAUGAAAUGCUAAAAUCAAUGCCUAUAAACUUGUCUAGUUUGAAAGGAAAAAACAGAGAGUUAAAUGAGAAACAAGAAGUGAUUUCAAAUUUGGACACAAGUCAAAUGCAGAGAAUUUCAUGUUUCCACACCAAUGAAGUAAAAAACAAUAUUGCACCAGAAAACAGUGUCAAUCAUGGUGCACAUUUAUCCCCCUUAUCCUUUAAAGAAAGCUGUAUAGUUGAUGAUAAUGGUCUCAUUCCUCCUACACCCGUUCCAGCAUCAGCGUCUAAGUUUUCAUUUCCAGGGAUUCUUGGAACAUCUGCAGUACUUCAGAACACUGGUAGUGUUUUACAGUCUGGUGGAAGUUACUUAUUUGGCUCACCUUCAGAUACUAAAAAUCACGAGUUAAGUCCAGACAGUAGAAAUGGUUUCAAAGAUGAGAGUCCUAGAAAAGAGAAAAGUUUUUCACUGCAGUUUUCACAGGAUGGACUGCAGUUAACUCCAGCCUCAAGCAACUCACAAAGUUUGGCCAUAAUUGAUGUAGCAAGUAACCAAACUCUCUUUCAAACAUUCAUUAAGGAGUGGCAGUGCAAAAAACGCUUUUCCAUCUCAUUAGCUUGUGAAAAGAUUGGAAGUUCAGCAUCUUCUAAAACUGCUACUAUUGGUGGUAGGUUUAAGCAAGGUAGUUCAUCUCAGGAAACUCCUAUUAGAGAUGGUGGAUUUCCUGUUAAAGGACAUGAAGACAUCUUGGUGGUUGGACUGGCAGUAUGCUGGGGUGGAAGGGAUGCCUAUUAUUUUUCAUUGCAGCAAGAACAGAAACAUUCUGAAAUUAGUGCCAGUUUGAACCCACCACCUCUGGAUCCAGGCUUGACUGUGAAAGACAGGCUGUGGCACCUUCAAUCCUGCUUGCAAAAGAAAUCUGGUAAAGAAUGUUCUGUUAUCAUCUAUGACUUUAUCCAGAGCUAUAAAAUUCUUCUUCUGUCUUGUGGAAUCUCCCUGGAACAAGAUUUUGAAGAUCCUAAGGUGGCAUGCUGGUUACUAGAUCCAGAUUCUAAGGAGCCAACUCUUCAUAGCAUAGUUACUAGUUUUCUUCCACAUGAACUCCCACUUCUAGAAGGAAUGGAGACAGGAGAAGGAAUUCAGAGCCUGGGACUGAAUGUCAACACUGAACAUUCAGGGCGAUACAGAGCAUCUGUAGAGUCUGUUCUCAUCUUCAGCUGUAUGACUCAACUCAACUCUUUGCUGCAGAAGGAAAACCUUCAAGAUGUUUUCUGUAAAGUGGAAAUGCCCUCUCAGUAUUGUUUGGCCUUACUAGAACUAAAUGGUAUCGGCUUUAGUACUGCAGAAUGUGAAAGUCAGAAACAAAUAAUGCAAGCCAAGCUGGAUGCAAUUGAGACUGAAGCCUAUCAACUAGCUGGCCACAGUUUUUCCUUCACUAGUUCAGAUGACAUCGCUGAGGUUUUAUUUUUGGAAUUGAAGUUGCCACCAAAUGGAGAGAUGAAAAAUCAAGGCAUCAAGAAAACUUUGGGUUCUACCAGGAGGGGGAUUGACAGUGGACGCAAGCUAAGGCUGGGAAGACAAUUCAGCACUAGUAAGGAUGUAUUAAAUAAAUUAAAGACAUUACAUCCUUUACCAGGCUUGAUAUUAGAAUGGAGAAGAAUCAGUAAUGCUAUUACCAAAGUGGUCUUUCCCCUGCAGCGGGAAAAGCUUCUGAAUACUUUUCUUGGAAUGGAAAGGAUUUAUCCUGUAACACAAUCACACACUGCAACAGGACGAAUAACCUUUACAGAACCUAAUAUCCAGAAUGUGCCAAGAGAUUUUGAAAUCAAAAUGCCAACACUAGUAGAAGAAAGCCCACCUUCCCAAGCCCUAGGCAAAGGCCUGCUCCCCAUGGGCAGAGGCAAAAUCAAGAAGGGUCGCAGACUGAACCCUGAGCACCAGGCACACCUGGAGGAGAGAGCCUCAGACAAAGGAAUGCCCUUUUCCGUUAGCAUGCGACAUGCCUUUGUGCCUUUCCCAGGUGGUUUAAUAUUGGCUGCUGAUUACUCUCAGCUUGAACUGAGGAUUUUGGCUCAUUUAUCCCAUGACCAUCGUCUCAUUCAAGUAUUAAACACUGGAGCUGAUGUUUUCAGGAGCAUUGCAGCGGAAUGGAAGAUGAUUGAGCCAGAGACUGUUGGGAAUGAACUGAGACAACAAGCAAAGCAGAUUUGCUAUGGAAUCAUUUAUGGAAUGGGAGCUAAGUCUUUGGGAGAGCAGAUGGGCAUUAAAGAAAAUGAUGCUGCUUGCUAUAUCGACUCAUUCAAAUCUAGAUACACAGGGAUUAAUCAUUUCAUGAGAGAGACAGUGAAGAAUUGUAAAAGAGAUGGAUUUGUUCAAACCAUUUUGGGAAGGCGUAGAUAUUUGCCAGGAAUCAAAGACAACAACCCUUAUCAUAAAGCUCACGCCGAGCGUCAGGCUAUCAACACGACAGUCCAAGGAUCGGCGGCUGAUAUCGUCAAAGUAGCUACAGUUAACAUUCAGAAGCAAUUAGAGACCUUGCGUUCAACCUUCAAAUCCCAUGGCCAUCGGGAGAGCAUGCUCCGCAGAGACAAGACAGGAUUGUUACCAAAGAGGAAGCUGCAAGGGAUGUUUUGCCCAAUCAGAGGAGGCUUCUUUAUCCUUCAGCUCCAUGAUGAACUCUUGUACGAGGUGGCAGAAGAGGAUGCUGUCCAGGUAGCUCAGAUCGUCAAGAAUGAAAUGGAAAAUGCCAUAAAACUUUCUGUGAAACUGAAAGUGAAAGUGAAAAUAGGAGCCAGCUGGGCAGAGCUGAGGGACUUCGAUGUGUAACUGCAGCUGACUGCAUCCUCCAGGGACGCCUCUGCGGGCCUGAAAACAAACUCUCAAGUCCUGAUGGAUGUAGGAUGGUAAUUCCACAGUGAGAGUUUCAAAAUGCAUAUCAAGAACUCUCCUCUGCAGCAUCAAACAUUUGUGUGUGUGUGUGAAGAGGGGUGCGAGGGGAAAUACGACGUUCAUUGAUUUUACUCUUAAAGAGUCUCUAUGAACUGGCCUUUUAUAACUUCCUGUGGUCGAACAAGUUGGAGACCUAUGUUUGAAACAUGCACUUAGCACUUUAGGCCUCAUCUGUCUGGAUUGAACGUGAAGAAAAUGGAGUUGCUGCUCAGGACAUUUCAGCCCUGCUGAGAUUCAGACCUCACGAUGUAGACUCCGGAGCCAUAGGCAGGGAGGACUGGAUUUCACAUACACCACACCACCAGGCGUAGGCAUUGUGUGUGAAUUAUUUCCCUUCCGAUAUAAAAAAAAAAUACCAAAUAGUAAUUUAAAAUAGCAUUGGCUAAUAUGUAUGAAUCCUGUAGAGUGGUAGGACUUGGUAUGGAUGGAGUUUAGGAAUGAAUUUUCAUGAAAUGUUUUUAUUCCUUUUCUUUCUUCAGUUCAUACAAUGAAUGUAUUUGGGUAACUUAUAAAAGAAGUUAUAACUCUUCAAGAGAUAUCCUGUUCUAGGAGAUCAGAUGUUUUAUUGUAAUUAAAGGUAAUACUGGUAGUGACAAGAUGGGUAAGGCACUGGAUCCUAUAUGCUGAACUCCUGGUUUUAGUCCGGGACCCACGGCCUGAAGAACACAAUAGGUGUGUGUGCAUGCUUGCCCAAAAUCCUGAGAGGAGACGGGACUGAGGGGUGGCCCUCCCCCCAGAAAGCUGAUUUCCCUCUCUCUUUGUCUCUCUCCAGGGAGUGUAUGUGC